AUGCCGACCAACCCGCGCGACCGAAUGAUCGUGGCCGCGGCGGGGCCUGCAACACAUCUGCCGAUGACGCUCUGCUGGCUCAUUCUCUCUGCCACCACCGGCUACCCAAUCCGCUUCUGGUCGCCCGCGGUGCCGCUGGAGGCUAGCUCUCUCUACCACUGGCUCUGCUGGGUCGGCCUCUACAUCAACGUCCUCCUCUUCGUGUUCAACCUGCUCGUGUUCCCUCUGGACGGCUCUCAGCUCCUGCUCAACUUCCUUCUCCUGCGCGGGGCGACGCCGGCGCGAGCCGCGCGCAUCAUCAUCCUGGUGUCCGUCCCGAUGGCUGUCCUGCUGGCUGGAUGGGCGCUCGUGAACGGGAACUCGCUCGGAUGCUUCCUCGUCCUGUGGCUAUGCAUGCAGACGUGGCGGCUGCACCAGGCGGCCGCCGCCGGCAGGCUCGAGACGCACCCACUCUUCGUCGACGUUGCGCCGCGGGGAGGCCCUGGGAUGAGCGGGCAGGCUCAGGCGGUGUGA